UUGUAUCAUACCGAAAUGGGACACAACGCCACCGAGUCAAUCAGUGGCUCAAAGCCGUUGAGCCAAACGUGUGGGAAUUCGUCACAGAGCGUUGCCGUGGCUUGCAAGUCCCGUGACGCCUUUUAACCAUCUACCAACAAACGCUCCAAAAUCAGCGCGUUGUCCCAACCCAAACGAACUCGAUGACUCGAACUAACAGCUGAAGUCGCGCAAAUUCCAACUUUUGGAAACGACGCCUGAACGCACCCGGCCAAGCCAGUCACUCCGGCUUGGAUCCAAAAGGAAAGUUCAGACCGCGUCGAGGCGUCCUUUAGCGGAGGGAGCAGCACCGCGCAGCGGCCCGCUUAACCAGCCAGUGUGCCCAGUGUGUCCUCGGCGCGAAGCAAGAUGCCCACCACGGAGAAGGACCUGGCGGAGGACGCGCCGUGGAAGAAGAUCCAGCAGAACACCUUUACGCGCUGGAUCAACGAGCACCUCAAAUGCGUCAACAAGCGAAUCGUGGACCUGCAGCUGGACCUGGGCGACGGCCUGCGGCUCAUCGCCCUGCUGGAGGUGCUGAGCCGACAGAAGAUGCAUCGCCGCUGUCACCCCAGGCCCAACUUCAGGCAGAUGAAGUUGGAGAACGUCUCGGUGGCGCUGGAGUUCCUGGACAACCAGAACAUCAAGCUCGUCUCCAUCGACUCUAAAGCCAUCGUGGACGGGAACCUGAAGCUGAUCCUGGGUCUUGUGUGGACCCUCAUCCUGCACUACUCCAUCUCCAUGCCCAUGUGGGAGGGGGACGAUCAUGAAUCAGACUCCAAGACCCCCAAGCAGCGUCUGCUGGGCUGGAUCCAAAACAAAGUCCCGGACAUGCCCAUCACCAACUUCCACCAGGACUGGAGGACAGGGAAGGCGCUGGGGGCACUGGUGGACGGCUGUGCGCCAGGUCUGUGUCCCGACUGGGAGACUUGGGAUCCAGUGAAGCCAGUUGAGAAUGCCACAGAAGCCAUGCAGCUGGCUGACGAUUGGCUGGGAAUCCCGCAGGUGAUCGCCCCAGAGGAGAUCAUCGACCCGCAAGUGGACGAGAUGUCAGUGAUGACGUAUUUGUCUCAGUUCCCCAAAGCCAAACUGAAGCCCGGGGCGCCGCUCAAGCCCAAACUCAACCCCAAGAAGGCCCGAGCCUACGGACCAGGUAUCGAACCGUCGGGCAACCGGGUGCUCCGCCCUGCCGUGUUCACAGUGGACACAUUCAGUGCAGGGCACGGUCAGGUGACUGUCUAUCUGGACCAACCAGACGGCACCAGACAAGAGCUCAAGGUGGAGCCCAAUGAUGCCAAGAAGACGUACGCCGUCUCCUACGUGCCUCAAGUGGUCGGAACCCACAAGGUCACAGUUUUGUUUGCCGGCCAGCCCAUCCCCAAGAGCCCCUUUGAAGUGGGCGUGGAGAAAGCUAUAGGCGACGCCUCCAAGGUGGCACUGAAAGGGCCGGGAAUCGAACCCGUGGGCAAUGUCGCCAACAAGCCCACCUACUUCGACAUCUACACUGCAGGUGCCGGUAUGGGAGACGUGACGGUGAUGAUCAAAGACCCGCAAGGCAGAGACAACAGCGUGGAGGUUAUGAUGGAGGACAAGGGCGACAAUUUGUACCGCUGCACCUACCGACCCGCGCAGGUCGGCCUGCACUCACUCGCCGUCACCUUCGGGGACGUCGCUGUGCCAAAGAGCCCCUUCACCGUUGACGUGGGGCCUGCAUGCCUACCGAGUGCGUGCAGAGCGACUGGUCGCGGCCUGCAGGCGUCGGGUAUGAGGGUGCAACAGGUGGGCGACUUUAAGGUGGACACCAGGAACGCCGGCAGCGGAGAACUGAAAGUUGUCGUCAAAGACGCCAAGGGUGGCGAGGUGCGCGUGAAGCAGAUCUCCAGUCAAGACAAAGUGCACGCCUUCGAGUAUUACCCUCUCAGUACUGGCAAAUACAGCGUCUCCAUCACCUGGGGUGGGCAGCAUAUCCCCAAGAGUCCCUUUGAGGUCGUUGUGGGUCCAGAAGCGGAACCACAACAGAUCCGGGCGUGGGGUCCUGGUCUGGAAGGGGGCGUUGUGGCUAAACCUGCCAUCUUUGUGGUGGAGUCUAUGGGCAGCGAUGUGGGAGUCUUGGGCUUCGCCAUCGAGGGUCCGUCACAGGCCAAGAUCGAGUGCGAGGACCAGAACGACGGCUCGUGCGACGUCCGCUACUGGCCCACCGAGCCGGGCGAGUACGCCGUUCACGUGACCUGUGACGACGACGACAUCGAGCACAGCCCAUUCAUGGCCUACAUCUUGCCCGAUCGCCAUAGCAACUACCCCGGCAAGGUUCAAGCGUUUGGGCCCGGGCUGGAGAAAAGCGGCUGCCUGGUCCAGCAGCCCGCAGAGUUCACCGUCAACGCGAAGGAUGCUGGCAACGGACCACUCAAGAUCAUGGCGCAGGAUGCCGAGGGUCUUCCCGUGGAGGUGAAGGUGCGCAGCAAAGGGGAGGGCCAGUAUUCGUGCUCUUACACGCCCGCUUCGGCCCUUAAGCACACGCUGGCCGUGGCCUGGGGAGGAGUCAGCGUCCCCGGGAGCCCCUUCAGGGUGAACGUAGGCAAAGGCAGCCACCCGGGUGAGGUCAAAGUGUUUGGUCCGGGAGUGGAGAGGACGGGACCCAAAGCUAAUGAACCCACACAUUUCACCAUCGACUGCUCCGGAGCUGGAGACGGUGACGUCAGUGUGGGCAUCAAGUGCAACGGCAACAUGUUGGGAGACCGGGAAGCCGACGUGGAUUUUGACAUUAUCCCCAACGCCAACGACACGUUCACCGUCAAGUACAUCCCGCCCGCCGCAGGCCAGCUCACCGUCAAAGUGCUCUUCACUGAUAAGGAAGUUCCUCAGAGUCCUUUCCUGGUGAACGUGGACCCCUCCCACGAUGCAGCAAAGGUCAAAGCCGAGGGCCCCGGAUUAGCUCGCACGGGGGUGGAAAGUGGAAUACCGACUCACUUCACAACCCUGACAAAAGGUGCGGGAAAAGCGCCUCUGGAUGUUACCUUCUCAUCUCCCGUCAAUAAUUUUGACAUAAUUGACAACUACGACUACUCGCACACCGUCAAGUACACGCCAAUCACCCCGGGCCCAAUGAGCAUCGCUGUGACCUUUGGCGGGGACCCUAUCACAAAGAGCCCCUUCACGGUGGGCGUGGCCGAACCCCUCAACCUCAAUAAUGUGGCCGUGGACAAUCUGGAUGGACGUGUGGAGGUGGGUCAAGAGCAGCAAUUCCUGGUUGACACAAAGGGAGCGGGUGGUCAAGGACGCCUGGAGGUUGAGGUGCUGAGUCCGAGCCAGCGGUGUGUGCCAUGCAAAGUGGAGCCGCAGCCCGGUAAAGCCGAGGUGCGUCGAGUGCGUUACACCCCCACGGAAGAGGGGGCCUACGUUAUCAACGUAUCCUAUGACGGACACCCCAUCGCCGGGAGCCCCUUCCCAGUGGAGGGCCUGCUGCCUCCAGAUCCCAGCAAGGUGAAGGCCCACGGUCCGGGUCUGACGGGAGGCUUUGUGGGGAACCAGGCAGAGUUCACCAUUGACACCAAAGGGGCUGGCACAGGCGGUUUGGGUCUGACCGUGGAGGGACCCACAGAGGCCAAGAUCGAAUGCUCGGACAACGGGGACGGGACCUGUUCCGUCUCCUACCUGCCCACGGAACCCGGAGAAUAUCUGGUCAACAUCCAGUUUGAAGAGGUCCACAUCCCGGGCUCGCCCUUCCGAGCAGACAUACGCAUGCCUUUCGAUCCUAGCAAGGUGGUGGCCACUGGGUCGGGCCUGAACAAGGCCAAGGUGGGAGAGGCCAGCGUUGUCAACGUGGACUGCUCACGUGCUGGACGUGGUCAACUCAGCCUGGAGGCCGUUCCGGACCCAUCUUCUGCUUCUGCACCCGCAGGUGUGAAAGCAAAGACCGAAGUGUUGGACAACAAAGACGGGACGUACACGGUCACCUAUGUUCCUCUGACGUCGGGUAUGUACACGCUGCUGCUUAAGUACGGUGGCAAGCCCGUUCCUGGUUUCCCUGCCAAGGUGAUGGUGGUCCCGGCCAUUGACGUCUCCAAAGUCAAAGUGUCUGGCCGUGGAGUGGAUGGAAAAGUCUUCAGGGAAGCCACCGCCACGUUUAUGGUGGACGCGCGACCUCUGAGCCGGCAGGGUGGAAACCGUGUGAAAGCAGAGAUCCGAAACCCAUCUGGAGCCCUGACAGACUGCCUGGUCAAAGACAAGAACGACGGGACGUACAGCAUUGAGUACACACCAUAUGAGAACGGUGAGCACAGUGUCCAGGUUCUGUACGAAGACACUCCGGUUCUAAGGAACCCAGUCAGGAUUUGUGUGUGUGAUGGCUGCGACCCCAGCAGAGUGGUGGCCACGGGGCCGGGGCUCAAGAAGGGCCUGACCGACAAGAACAACUCCUUCAACAUCAUUACUAGGGGGGCAGGCACCGGUGGUCUGGGCAUAACCGUCGAGGGCCCGUCCGAGUCCAAGAUGGCGUGCAAAGACAACAAAGAUGGCAGCUGCAGUGUGGAGUACGUCCCCUUCACGCCAGGUCUCUACGACGUCAAUAUUCUCUAUGGAGGAGAGCACAUUCCCGGAAGUCCUUUUAAGGUUCCAGUAGAAGACCUUGUAGACCCCAGUAAAGUGAAGGUUUACGGGCCCGGGGUUGCCCCGGGGGUCCGGACCCACAUUCCGCAAAUGUUCACAGUGGACUGCAGUAAUGCGGGCCUGGCACCACUCGCCGUCACUGUGGAUGCCCCCAAAGGCUUGUCCGAGCCUGUGGAGGUGUUGGACAACGGAGACGGCACGCACACGGUGUCCUACACACCUUCUGUGGAGGGGACCUACGCUGUAGCCGUACAGUACGCCGAAGAGGACGUCCCCAGAAGUCCAUUUCGUGUGCGGGUGCUUCCCACCCAUGAUGCCCGUAAAGUACGAGCCAGUGGCCCCGGGCUGACCAGCCAAGUCCUUGCCAGCUUCCCAGUGGAGUUCAACAUCGACGCCAAGCAAGCGGGACAGGGACAACUGAGCGUCCUCAUCACUGACCAAGACGGCAAACCCAAGCUCCCCACUAUCCAUGACAACGGAGACGACACAUACAAGGUGUCAUACGUACCCGACCGUGCGGGUCGCUACACCAUCGUCGUCAAGUACGGUGGCGACGACAUCCUGGACUCGCCUUACAAAGUCCAAGCCAUGGUGACAGGAGAUGCCAGCAAGUGCUCUACAACUGGGCCCCAAGUGAGCCCCAGGGAGGAGCUGGAUCAGGAGCUGUUUCUCCUGGUCAACGCCAAGGGUGCGGGCAAUGGCAAGGUGAACUGUGUAGUGGUGCAGCCCAACGGCAGCGAGGUCGACGCUCAGGUGACUGACAACCAGGACGGAACUUUCGACGCUUUUUGCACGCUUCUCGAGCCCGGCGACUACAUCAUGUAUGUGCGUUUUGGUGGGGAGAACAUUCCCGGCAGUCCCUUCAAAGUCAAGGCGACCAAUGAGGUCCCCGCCAUGCAAGAACUGACAUCAAUCCAACAACAAGCUGCUCCCCCGGGAGUUGGCUUUCAGCCCUGGGUGACAUCAGAAGACUUUGGAAACGGCAUCAGUGGGGGCGGGUUCAGACCAUUCCACAUGGUCAUUCCUUUCUCCUUCAAGAGGGGGCAAGUCACCGGUGAGGUUCUGAUGCCGUCGGGAAAUUGCGCUCAACCACUGAUCACAGACAACCUGGACGGGACGGUCACGGUGCAGUACUCUCCCACCGAAGCCGGCUUGCACGAGAUGCACAUCAAGUACAACGGAGCGCACAUUCCCGAGUCUCCUCUCCAGUUCUACGUGAACCGCUCCAGUAGUCCCAGCGUGACUGCUUACGGUCCGGGCCUUAGCUACGGCGUGGCCAAUAAGACCUCAGCAUUCACCGUCAACACGGAGGAUGCGGCCGAAGGAGGUUUGGACCUGGCGAUCGAGGGUCCGUCCAAGGCGGAGAUCAGCUGCGUGGACAACAAGGACGGGACGUGCAGCGUCAGCUACCUUCCCACACUGCCGGGAGACUACAACAUCCUGGUCAAGUACAACAACAAGCACAUCUCCGGCAGUCCGUUCACCGCCAGGAUCACGGAGGACAAACAGCGGCGCUCUCAGGUAAAACUGGGCUCAGCGGCCGACUUCUUCCUGAACAUCAACGAGACGGACCUGAGUCUCCUCAGCGCCAGCAUCAUGGCGCCGUCGGGCCGCGAGGAGCCUUGCCUGCUCAAGAGGAUGGCCAACAACCACGUGGGCAUCUCCUUCAUCCCCCGCGAGGUGGGCGAGCACCGCGUCAGCAUCACCAAGAAUGGACGCCACGUGGCCAACAGCCCCAUCACCAUCAUGAUCGUCCAGUCUGAGAUCGGAGAUGCUGGGCGCGUCAGGGCGCACGGCGACGGGCUGGUGCACGGGACAACCUUCACAGAUGCUAGCUUCAUAGUGGAUACGCGCGAGGCCGGGUAUGGUGGGCUGGCUCUGGCCGUUGAGGGUCCAAGUAAGGUAGACAUCCAGACAGAAGACAUGGAGGACGGGACUUGCCACGUAUCCUAUUGCCCCACCGAGCCUGGAAACUACAUCGUCUCCAUUCGCUUCUCCGACAAGCACAUCCCAGGAAGUCCAUUCACGGUGCAGGUGACUGGGGAAGGUCGCAUCCGAGAGAGCAUCACCCGCAAACAGAGGGCGGCACCUGUUGCUGGCGUGGGCAGCGUCUGUGACUUCAGUAUAAAGAUACCAGCCCUGGACAUGCGCGACGUCACGGCCGAGGUCACCUCCCCGUCAGGUGCCCUUCAGUCCGCCCAGCUGGUUGCCAUGGGCAACGACACCUACUGCGUGCAGUUCGUGCCCACCGAGAUGGGCGUGCACUGGGUGAGCGUCAGGUACCGGGGCAACCACGUGCCGGGGAGCCCCUUCCAGUUUACCGUGGGGCCACUGGGCGAGGGCGGCGCCGCCAAGGUCAAAGCGGGAGGCCCGGGACUGGAGGGAGCGAUGGUGGAAGAACCAGCUGAGUUCAGUAUCUGGACCAGGGAGGCGGGCGCCGGGGGUCUGUCUGUAGCUGUGGAGGGUCCCAGCAGGGCCGAGAUCUCCUUCGAUGACCGCAAAGACGGAUCCUGCGGCGUUUCUUACGUGGCGCAGGAGCCCGGCGACUACGAAAUUGCCAUCAAGUUUAAUGAUCAACACAUCCCACAUAGCCCCUACCUGGUCCAUGUGGUGGGCCCCACCUACGACACCCAACACAUGACCGUCACCGGACUUCAGAAGUCAGGCCUGAAGGUGAAUCAGCCGACGUCCUUCGACGUGUCAAUGGAAGGAGCCAAAGGAAAACCCGAGGCCAAGGUCACCAGCCCGUCUGGAUCUCAGGAGGAGUGUGCCGUCAAACACCUGGAAAAAGACAAGUACUCGGUCCGCUUCAUCCCCCGGGAGCAAGGCCUCCACACGGUGGACGUCAAGUUUGGCCCGCAGGGCCGCGUCACUUCCUUCAGCGUCAUGGUCGGGUCGCCCGAACAGGCCGGGCAGGCGGGACUGGUCUCGGCGUACGGUGCCGGACUGGAGAGAGGCACCACAGGCGUCCAGUCGGAGUUCAUCAUCGACAGCGCGGCGGCGGGGCAGGGCGCGGUGGCCGUGACGGUGGAGGGCCCGUCCAAGGUUCAGAUGGAGUGCCUGGAGGUGGCCGGCGGCUACAAGGUGCUCUACACGCCCAUGGCGCCCGGCAGCUACAUCGUCGCCGUCAAGUACGGCGGACCGUACCACAUCGCCGGCAGCCCCUUCGUCGCCAAAGUCACGGGUCCUCCUUUGGUAAACGUGACCAACAGCAGCAUAUCGUCCUCACUGACCCUUGAACCCUCCGCGGAAGCGUCGGCGGUCAGCAGCAGCGGCGGCUCUCUGCAGAGCGCCAACUGCGUCUCGGCUGUCUCAGACGCCAGCAAGGUGCUGAGCCGAGGCCUGGGCCUCAGCAAGGCUUACGUGGGCCAGAAGAGCAGCUUCUCCGUGGACUGCAGCCAGGCUGGUAAGAACAUGCUGGUGGUGGGUGUUCACGGCCCGCAGGUUCCCUGCGAGGAGGUCCUGAUCAAGCACCUGGGUGACCUGCACUACAACGUCAGCUACGUGCUGCGCGAGCGCGGCGACUACAUGCUGGUGGUCAAGUGGGGCGAGGAUCACAUCCCCGGCUCGCCCUUCCACGUCACAGUGCCGUGAUGCCGCCGGCUCAUACCAAGCGGGGGUGUCCAAAGUGGGGUGCCAAACGGCCCGUGGCUCAUUUUGUGGGUUUUGUUGUUUUGUUUGUUUUUCCCCCACCGGCCCGAUAUACUUAAAAAGUACAACCUAAUAACACUAAGACGGCCUGACAAAACUAGCAUCAAUGACGCCGUACUUUUCAAGGAACAGCUCUUUGAACACACAUGGUGGAGCAACAUGUAGACAAACAAUAUCACAAUACUCAAGAUAUUUUCUUUAGCUGUGAGAAAUGACUUACUACUGCAGUUUACUGGGUCACUUACAGUAGUUGUGAAGGUCAUCUUAUGUGUCUUCAUGACAUGAGUUGCAAGGAAUUGUUUGAUUCUCUACAUUCUAUUUAUGCUUUGCUAUGUUUAAGUACAAUAUUAAAGAGUGUUUUUCUUUACUUGAAAUGCAUUACAAUUUUUUUUUGGGGGGGGUGGAAUCAGGCACCAAUGUACCUCUAAAUAGGAAAAUCGUGAUUUUUUUUUUUCUCAGCUGUUUAAAUUUUCCCAUAUCCCCUCACUGAGUUUUAAGAUUUAAUAAAAGCAAGUUAAUAUUUUUACCAUUUUGGACACCUCUGCUGUGAACUAACAGUCAUGCAUUUUCAGUAAUUAAAGAACAUUACACCCAAAUUUGUGUUAAAUGUGUAGAAUUUCGUGUUGCUAUUGACACCAACGUGAAAAAUGUUGCAGUUGACUACACUUCUCAUUUUAAAAAGUGCUUAAAACGUUUGGAAAUGUUGCUAAAAGGUUUAUAAACAACUGGAACUACUUGUUGAAUAUUUUUCUGAAGUAGCAUCUGAAAUAUGGUCGUGCACAGAGCUCAAGAUAUUGCCAAAAUGUUUCAAACUUGGAAGUGGAAAAUGAGCAGUCUCUGUCGCCACACUCCAGUCCAGCAGGGGGCAGCGUAAGAUGGGCUGUGAGCUUCUGUAUUGUUGGCCGCACUCUUACGCGACUACUGAUGUUUUGUUUUUUCCCCACAAUGUUGCACUCGUGCAAGCUUUCGUCUCCGAUUGUUUUUUUCUGUAAUGUGGUGGCAUCGGGUUCACAUCUCACCUUGGUCCCAUUUGAAUGUUGGCUUCUGAUGUGUCCCCGGCACAUUGCCAAGACUGUACAUUUAGAUCAUUAAAAUGAACUGGAAUUAA